ACCAACAUUAUUGAAUGAAAGAGUGUGAAAGAAGAAUAAAGAAAACAGAAAAAAAAGAAAAACAAAAAAACCAAAAGUGAACCUCCACAACAUCUGCAUUUGAAUAAAUACUUAAAGGUAUCGACACUACUUCUGAAUAUCGAGACAGUAUUGGGAAAUGAAAUAUCGUGACAUAUUACAGAACCCAUAUUUUCCUCCAGCCUUAUUCUUCUGUCGUCUUUUCUGAUGCUCGUGCAAAGCAAAGUGUAGAAACCCUACAAAAGCGGUGGAGUCUGUUUGAUGGAAUCCAACUGGAGGUGAUGAGGCUGAAGGCAGUCAGAUAAAGGUCUGCUCAGGAAGUCAACGUGGCUGGGGUUUCGCUUCAUUCAAGGUUUUUUUGCUUAAUUCAAGAUUUUUUUUUUUUGCUUAAUUCAAGAUUUUUUUUUUUUGUUUAAUUCAAGAUUUUUUUUAUCAAUACAGUACUUUUUAAUGUCGAUACAGUAUCAUGAAAUGAACAUUGUAAUAUAUCCCAGAACCCAUAUGUUCUUCCAGCCUGUUCUGUGCUCUUUCCUCGUGCGUGCAAAGCCUUUGCUUUUGCUUUGGAGAAACCUGAAAAAACCCCGUCGUGUUUGUUGAUGAAAUCAGACCGGAGGUGAUAAGGCCGACUGCAGGCUGAAGGGAGUCAGAUAAAGGUCUGCUGAAUGUGGUCCAACCGGCUUUACUAUUAUGGGAUGGCCGUGACACAGCAGUUUUACCGCAGUCCUUAGAUCCUGUGUGCAUUAGUUUAGUAAUUACUGACAAAGCAGCAGCCGUUAAUCAUGAACUCUAAAGCUGACACAAACACAAAAGCUUCUCCUCUGGCCUUAUUAUUAGUCAUGUGUUCACGGAGGGGGGGGGGGUGUCACUGGUUCUGCAGAGGCGUGUUUGUUUUGGAAACGUACAACCACAACAGGAUCAAACUAAUCUGAUGGUAGAUGGGUGUGUUAUUGUGUGGGUUCCUGCACGUCCACAGCCAGACCACACCUCCAGUCCUACAGGUCCAGACCACACCUCCAGUCCUGCAGGUCCAGACCACACCUCCAGUCCUACAGGUCCAGACCACACCUCCAGUCCUGCAGGUCCAGACCACACCUCCAGUCCUACAGGUCCAGACCACACCUCCAGUCCUACAGGUCCAGACCACACCUCCAGUCCUACAGGUCCAGACCACACCUCCAGUCCUACAGGUCCAGACCACACCUCCAGUCCUACAGGUCCAGACCACACCUCCAGUCCUGCAGGUCCAGACCACACCUCCAGUCCUGCAGGUCCAGACCACACCUCCAGUCCUACAGGUCCAGACCACACCUCCAGUCCUACAGGUCCAGACCACACCUCCAGUCCUGCAGGUCCAGACCACACCUCCAGUCCUGCUUCAGUUCUGCUUCAGAUACUUCAGGUGUGGUUCUGUGUUUACUCACCACUCCUUCUGUUCUAUUUCACUACACUUUUAUCACCAGCAGUGGAACUGAAACUCACAUUAUUCUGUUUUUUUGUCUCAAGGUUGAAAUGAAAAACGUACUAAAUGCUACACAUUUAGAUGUGGUUUUUAUAAUAGUUGGUGAACACACUGGAAAAAAUCUACAUCUGACCAAGUGUAUUUGUCUCAUUUCUGUUCCAAAUAUCUGCAGAGGAACUUUUCAGUGGAAAUAAGAACUGAUUUAUAGACACUAGGUCUGGAAAUCU